GUUCACACUGCGGCUUUCGCUUUAUCAAGUGAUCGCACUUCAAAUGCGUUUCUACAAGAACACAUCCUGGAGGGAAGAUCAUGGUGUAGCCUCUUCUCGUCAUCUUCACUGUAGCAGCCCUGACACUGACGAACAAAUGUGGUUUCGGCUGCGCGAGGACACCGGUCUGAUUGCUGCGGUUCAAGGUAUUCUUUUGCCACGCUGCGUCCUCGUCCUAUGCUGCUUAUUGGCGGAUUACUUUCUUCCCGACCAUGUGCCUGAUGCUAGUGUUCGAAGAUAUGAUGGUGCAGCUUGGCACGAAAGGGCGUUUACCCGCUGGGACAGUGCGCAAUUCCUGACGGUUGCGCAAGACGGCUACCGAGAAGAGCCGCAGUUGGCUUUUUUUCCCUUCUUCCCGGGCGUGAUUCGAGAAAUCGCAAGCUGGACGCCGCUCACCCUGCCGUGGAGCGGAGUGGUGCUAAACCUGCUCUUGUCGGUCGUCAUCGGCAUUGCGCUUCUGAAAUUAACUAUAGUCUGUAGAGUAUCAGCCAGUGGUGAACAAGGCACAAGGACGUCGAUACCACCUGCAGCUUCGCCUGGUGCAAGCGAGCCACGAGAAAACAGUAGUCUCGACUUUGGGGCGAUAGUGCGGCUGCAUGAAAAGCUGUGGUUUUGGGUGUGCGUCAACCCCGCCUUGGUUUUCUUCGUCGUGAACUAUUCGGAAAGUAGCUACGCAGCUGCGCAUUUCACCGCUUGCUGGCUGCUCGAGAAAGGGUCGAACGUGAACGUGCUUUUACCGGCCAUUGGCUUUUUCUUAGCGUCCGCAACUCGGGCAAAUGGAAUUCUCAGUCUGGUUCUCAUCGCAUUACAUCCAGAUUCCAAUCCAUUGUGUGGGAAGUGGAUGCGAUUCACGGUUCUUGCCACGGCAGCAGUACUGCCGUUUCUGCUGGUAGAGGGUUUUGCAGCCGAGCGGUUUGAUUUUUCCCACAAAGUUCCUUCCACCAGUGGCGUUCUUUUCGAUGAGGCGUCGUCCACGGCAGACCGGUGGCUCUUCUUGCCGGAGUUUCGGCUGCAGAGUGCAUAUGCUACCGUCCAGGAAAAGUACUGGAAUAACGGGUUUCUGCGGUAUUGGCAGCUGCGCAAACUCCCAAAUUUCUUCCUGGCUGGGCCGAUGUUGUGGAUGGUGUACGGCUACGUGGCGCCGGCCGUCGCGAAAAAGCUGAUUGCGUGUUUUCAGCCUCAAAGCGGUGAAGAAAAGAGCAUCACCAAGCGAGAACGCCUGCUACUUCGCAUGGUGCGGGACCCAUUCUUGAAGUACGAACUUCACACGAUUCUUCUCGUAACGUUUGUGUUUCUGAACGCGCAUGUGGAAACAAUUACGAGACUCGCCUGGGCCUCCAGUCCAAUACUCUAUUGGCUCGCGCUACGGCCGGACCUGCAGUCGUUUUUU